AUGUUCACCGCAGCUCUGAAACACAAGAACCUCAACCUUCAAACCAACACUCCCGCGACAUCUAUUGCUGCUUCCCCAGACGCUGACGGCAGUUGGAGUGUCACUACAACUCGUGGCGCCACCAGGGCUCGUAAAGUCAUUGUAGCUACCAACGCUUAUACCGCCGCACUUCUCCCCGAGUAUCGCGACAAGAUCAUUCCCUACCGUGUCAUCUGCAGCCAGAUCGUUGCUCCGGACCCGCCGCUUUUGGCAGACUCUUAUGUUAUUCGAUUUAGUCCCACGGACUUUGAUUAUCUUAUCCCUCGGCCAGACGGCAGCAUUAUUGUUGGGGGCGCUAGAUCGGCCUACUUCAGAUAUACAGAGGAUUGGUACGGCAGCGUGGAUGACACGAAGGUCAUCGAAAGAGCCCAAGAUUACUUUGAAGGUCUGGACUUCAUGGGCUAUUCAGCAGAUGGACUUCCCCGCUUCGGCCGUGUGCCCGGACGAGAAAACAUGUCCAUCAUGGGCGGCUUCACCGGUCACGGAAUGCCGCAAGUCUUCCUGACCGCCAAGGGAAUCAGUCGCAUGGUCCUUCAGGAUCUGGCGUUCUCCGAGACCGGAAUUCCUAGACUUUUCGAGGAGUCGGAAUCGAGGUUAACGAGUGAUGAGAACAUUUUGAAGGAGAGAUUAAUACGCAGUCAAGCCUCGCUAAGAUGUAGUUACUGA